UUGUCGAGGAACUGACGCUCAAUGAACCCUGAUGUCAUGUUGCUGGGAUUAUAAAGGGGACCAGUGCGGAUCUGAAAUCCUUGAGAGAGACAGAACAAUGUGUUAGAGUUUCAUUUCACCGGCAGGGAGGCUAAUCUCGACAAUGAAAUUAACAUUCAGGCAGCUGCCCUGAAACACUGGCCUGCAGAUAAAUGGAUUAAACUGAGCAGCGGGCUCGUUCCCCUCCAUCCUUCCCGCUGAGAUGACUCUGAACACUGAGAGGAGUGACAGCACAUUACAUCGGCGCGCCAGCUCUCCGGUACCCUCCGCCCACCGCCAUCAUCACCCUCAUGCCCAGCUGUUUCGCAGCCUCACCACCGAGCCGGAGCUGUUGGCACGACCUGGCCAUUGGCAGAGACCCGGCUUUGGGCACUCGGUUUUGUACCAGCCCGCGGACAGGGAGCGUGGAAGCUGGUCAUCAGACUCUGUGGAAUCUGACACCUCCAGCGAUUCGGGCUGCGGCCUCUUCCGGGUCCUGGUGCUCGGCGAUUCCGGAGUCGGGAAGUCCAGUCUGACCAAUAUCUUUGCAGGGAUCCAAGAUGCUCAUGGCGAGCACUCGGGAGAAGACACAUAUGAACGGACUUUGACUGUUGAUGGAGAAGAUACAACCUUGAUAGUAAUGGAUACCUGGGGAACUGAGGGUGACGAGCCAUGGGUUCAGGAUUACUGUAUGCAGGUGGGCAAUGCUUACAUCAUUGUCUACUCCAUCACCGACCGGUCCAGCUUCGAAAGUGCCUCAGAGCUUCGUAUCCAGCUUCGGAGAAUGCGGCAGGCCGAAAACAUCCCCAUCAUCUUAGUGGGGAACAAGAGUGACCUGGUUCGAUGUCGCGAGGUCUCAGUUGAGGAGGGCCGGGCGUGUGCUGUGGUCUUCGACUGUAAGUUCAUUGAGACGUCAGCUGCCCUGCACCACAAUGUGACGGAACUGUUUGAAGGCAUCGUGCGGCAGAUACGGCUGAGGAAGGACACAAAGGAGGCCAAUGAGAGGAGGAUGGCCAACCACAAGAGGAGGGAGAGCUUCACCAAGAAAGCUCGUCGCUUCCUGGACAAGUUUGUGGCAAAAAACAACAAGAAGAUGGCCCUGAGGGCCAGGUCAAAAUCCUGUCACGACCUGUCAGUUUUGUAAAUAUCCGAAAGGGGAUUUGCAAAACAACACUCGCUAACUGUUUAAGUCAGGACAGACUUCCUAUUAUUGCCUCUCUCAACAACGUGACCCAGUGGUCACUGAACCCAGUGGUGGAAACAUGGUUUACUGAAGAUAAGUGAAUAUUUGAGACAUAGUGACUGACAGGUUGGGGUUUUGUUGGAAACUCAUGAACCUGCCCCCGCAUUAAAGCGUAAUAACAUUCACAAACGUCACGUAUGUGACAGAAACCAAGCCAACAUAAGAUAAUGUUUUCUUUUGUGGGGAGAGUUCUGCUGAUUAGCACUUUGAUCACCAUCAUUUCUGGGCUGCUGAUAAUGUUUCCUUUGUGUGGAUUGCCUCAUUCACCUUCUGCUUAAGCCCAUUACUGCUCAGUGAAAGUCCAAAUCUUGAAGAUAACUAAGAUCUAGAUCCUACCUUACCGAUGUUGUGUUGAAUGUCUUCAAAUUUGAUAUCAAAGACUGAAACUCAAGUUGGCAUAUCUUUAUAUCUGCAGUGUUUACAUGGGCUCAGGUUUUAUUUCGGGUGGGAGUGGGGAUUGGGUGUGCUAUAAGAUAUGUAAUGAUUUUUAUCUUGGAAUAAUUAAUUUAGAAAACACUUCAGAAAAUUAGAGCAUUAUACCUCUAGGAAUUUUUAUGAAAUUUAGAUUAAUGAUAGAUCAUAUGUAAGAAGAAAUAACCUUAUUUCUACUUAACUCUUAAGUAUAAUCAUAGUGGUUCCUAGCUCUUUGAUGGAGACCCUUCACAAAGUCUUGUCAUGCAGCAAAUGAGAAUCAACAGUUGUUGAUUGCCCAUGUAGAACUAGCAUCAGACAGACUCUGUUUACAGUGGUAGGGCCACCAGAAAGAGUGUUGGUGAUUAUAAUUGGUGAGUCUAUUUCUAAUCAAUUUCACUCAGAAUGAGUGAUUCUGCAGUGGUGCAAAGUGGAUCAGGGUAGCAAUGGAUAGUGAAAACAUAAUCUAACGGUUUGCCUGUCUUGAGCAAUGAGGCUUGCAACCAAUAUGAGCAUGCUUUCCUGCUUGGAGGGGGCUGGAAGUUGUUGGAAGAAAGUAUCAGGUAGAAUUGGAGGCCAGGAAUCUGUUCAUUCCAACCAGAAAAACAUGGCACCCAUGCUCUGAAAGUCAAACCUUGAUUACCCCAAUAGACUUCAGUCAGUGCAUCUCAAUACAAACCUGUGGGACUUUGAAAUAAGAAGCACAGUAGACAAUGUAGAACUGGUUUGUCAAGAUAUCCCCAGAACAUCUGACCUCUCAUCCUUAUGUUCCUUUGAUAGAAACUUUGAAUCAUAGAAGUAUACAUCAGGAAACAGGCCCAUCGGCCCAACUCAUCCACGCUGACCAUGUUUCCUAAACUGAACUAGACCGAUUUGCUAGUGUUUGGCCCAUAUCCCUCCAAACUUUCUUAUCCAGGUAUCUCUCCAAAUGUCUUUUAAAUGUUGUAAUUGUACUCACCUCUACCACUUCGUCUGGCAGCUGGUUCUCUAUACGUACUACCCUCUGCAUAGAAAAGUUUCCCCUCAGGUUCUUAAUUAAUUGGUAGGAUGUUGGCGUCAAUGUCAAUGUUUAUCGCCUGUCCCUAACUGCCGUUGAGGAUGUGGCAAGUCAGCAUCAUUACCAACAUUUCACCAAAUCCAUCUCAGAUAUUAUUAAAUUGGAGAGGAUGCAGAAAAUAUAUUAUGAGGAUGUUACUGGGACUGGAAGGUUUGAACUAUAAGGAGAGGCUGGAUAGGCUUGGACUUA